CGCGGCGCCACCUCAAACCGCCCGAGCCGCGCUUACAGCUGCACGUGUGCCGUCCGCCAGAAACAACCCUCUACCCUCACGUCAACUUUCACUCCUCGACGCCUCUCUCGGAUCUACACUCGGACCCGUAUUUUAUUUUGGUUUUUGCCUCGUCGAGUAUUUUUUGCGCCGGUUCUCUCUCUCCGGGUUUCGGUCUUCGGGGCGGAGUUCGGGGAAGUUGGUGUUGAAGCGGGUUCUUUCACGGGAAAAGUCACGAUGACCGGGUAUAUUGCGACCGUUGCUGUGAUUUUGUACGUGUUGUCUUACAACCCCUCCGCAGAGGCCCUUGAUCUCUCACGGCUGUACGGUCACCUCAACGCCAAAAGAACUGGUGAUGCAUGCCACCCAUACGAGCCGUUCAAAUGCCCAGGAGACGGAACCUGCAUCUCGAUACAAUAUCUUUGUGACGGCGCUCCCGAUUGCCCGGACGCCUACGACGAGGAUGCUCGCUUGUGCACCGCAGCCAAGCGACCGCCUGUUGAGGAGACUGCCAGUUUCCUCCAGUCACUCAUAGCCAGCCACGGACCUAAUUACUUGGAGAAACUGUUUGGUAGCAAAGCCAGGGAUGCUUUGUCACCACUCGGAGGAGUAGAAAAAGUUGCGAUAACCUUAUCAGAAUCACAGACGAUAGAGGAUUUCGGCGCUGCGUUACACUUGAUGCGGUCCGACCUAGAACAUCUGCGCUCGGUCUUCAUCGCGGUGGAGAACGGGGACUUGGGAAUGCUCAAAAGUCUCGGCAUCAAGGAUUCGGAACUAGGCGAUGUCAAAUUCUUCCUGGAGAAACUCGUCAACACUGGAUUUUUGGACUAAGCAGAUCCUCGAAAAGCAACCCCUUCCAUCUCUGUUCUGUCUUUUUUUAAACUCCGGUCCUUUUUCAAUUACUCAAAAACAAAUCCUCUUUUUAUUUUUAUUUUUCUAUGUUGUUUUUAAGGAUGGACAUCAUCGAAAUCACGUUGAUUUUAUUUUUCUUUUGAUACAUAAGAGCCAAGUGCGCGUGUAGAUACCCGAGUUCAAAACUCGAUGAUUUUAUGUGUAUAGUUUUGGGGAUGUAUCAGAAGUAUUAUUUAGAAGUUCAUUUACAGGUGUGAUGGACACAAAAACUGCAGGCUUGCAAAUUCCUUCCACGGAAGAAGACUUUCCUGAACACAAAGAAUCCGAUAUUGAUGUCGCAACUACCUACAGUAUGUCUAAAAUUAAUACCACAUUUUUUAGAGUAAUUUGUGACGUUAAUCAUUUCUGAGGGUAAAUUUGUUGGACAGACUUCCUACUAGAUUUAUCUGAUGUAGAUCCUUCAUUGUGAGAAAAUACAAAAUUUGGUAUUGUUAAUGGGUGGAAGAAAGAGCUUGAUAACUGAACGCUAGUAGGGGACUACUUAUUCCAUUUUAAAAAAAAAAUGAAAAUACAAAUACGAUAAAAAAAUAGUAUAAAAAAGAAUAGUAUAAUAAAGAAAUGUAUGGAGAAAUAGUAUAAUAAAAGAUCAUAAUAAGAAAAUAAAUGACGUUGAAAUGCUAGUCUCGGAAAACUUUUUAAAUAAAUAAUGCUUUUGAAAAUUAAAAAGAAAAUAAAAACCUACAACAACAAUUAAAUACUUUUACUUGUCAUUAUGUCUGCAUAAGGAAUCUCAAUUUAAGUUUAACUUCAAACUUGACUCAGAUCUUUCAAAACACAGGGCCUUGGUCAUUAUUAAAAAAACAGAUGAAUUGAGAUCAAAAAAUAAAUUAUAGUAAAGACCAAAGAACUUUAAACUACCUCAAAUCCAAUCUGAUACAUUUUAUGAGCGACUCUCUUUCUUUUACCUAUUUUCAAGCCUUCAUCUUGUCGAGUCGGGAUGAAUCUUAAAAAAUGCUGGUCAAAAAUUGCCUAGUAAAAGUCUGGCUGUCUUAUCUUGUUAUACUAUCACCACUCGGAGUGACUGUAAAAGUCUCCGCUUCGUAAACUAAGUCAAUUUUUUAAGGAGUGGAAUACAAAUAUUGUAACUUUACCUCGUUAAGAGUUAUAAUUUUGACGAGGGAUUUUAUUAUUAAUCAUAAAUUAUAUUUUAAGCAUGGAGAGAGAAUCAAUGUCAACUCGAGUCAGCGUUAAGACUUUCAAUUAAAAAUAUCAGAUAUGACUUAGAAAUCUAAGCAAAAUGUCAAUCGCUGAUAUUUUUAUUGAUUUUGUACAAAAGUUUACUCUUUUUUUGUUUAUAAUGUUAUAAAUUUUAUCCUAAGUUUUUCAAGAUGAGGAGCGUGUUUAAGUGGAUCCAGGUGAUCAAGAAAAUACGAAAUUGCGCCCAACUGCAUGGUAAAUAGGACAUAACGUAUAAUCAAAUUCAUUAGACUUCUUUCAUUUUCUUCUCCUCCUCACUUUUGCACAGGAAGAAAAACGUCUCCUCUCUCCUGAACUUUUGGCCCUAAUGAGGUAAAAAUCCCUUCACUUACAUAAGAAUAGAUUUAAUUUUAGGAAUGAAAAGGAAAGAACAAAUCAACUGUAAGGAAUGCGCGUUUUUUUGCAUCACGUUUCGCAAUAAUUGUGUUAAGAAUCAUUAUCAAUCACUUGUUAGUCUCCAUCAAGAGGCAACGGAAUGCGAAAAUCCAUAUGUUUUUAUGAGCUCAUUCAAAAAUAGGAGGGAGAAAGCCUGAUAAAAUGAAGCGUUCCUGAUCGUCGAGCGUGCCGAAAUUUCUUGUCUCUCAAGGACAACGGCCCCAGGUAAUUACAGAUGGGGCUAUCUAAAAAUUACGGAUCCGUAAACCGUCACUACAGAAGAACUUUUGAACACCAACUCCAUUGUGAGAUUAAAACCGAUAAUUCUAAUAUUUGGACCUUUCACCAAGCAUGUUUAUAGGUUUGCCUAAAAGACGAUUUCAGAGAGGUCGGUCGGUCAGUACAUCAACGGUAUUGUCCUGGAAAAUUGCGUUCCGUGGGCUAGUUAAUGUAGUCGCACUUUCGAAGUAUACCUAACUGAAAAAAAGUAUCCUCGAUUAUACAAUCAACAGUUUGGUUCGACAAAUCGAAAUUCAUUACUAGUAUUUGGUUUAUACAACCUGAUUUUUACUUUCUCGCUCCCCUAGGGUAGAGAGGAAGUAUUGUCAUCCUCCAAGAAAAAAAAAAAAAAAGUUUUUUUUUAUUCGUGAGUGAUGGCACUAUAGAGCAAGGUAAGUUAAAGUGGACGGUAUGCAAGCUGUAGGGUAGAAAAAGAGAAGGACUAUAAAAGAAGGAGACACAUUUUACAAAGAGAAACUAUCGUAGAGAUACGUGUUUUCAAUUUCAAUAUUUAACAUAUCAUAACAUGCAUGUGCAAUACCGACAUACCGUGCUGCGGCACCCCGCACUCAUCUCUCAUCAAAGCGAUGAGCGUACAAUGUGAAACACCUAAGGUCCACAUGAGGACUUAUAAUUAAUAUUUAUUUCGCAGUGCUCUGCAUCUUUAGAGACCUAGCCAAACAUCAUUUUGCAUGAAUGAAACCAAACAUAUCGAUACAUAUCAAUUAUACCAAAUACUUAGUUCGUAAGAAAUAAGAAAUAUUUUUUUGAAUUUUAAUAUUUACAUAUCAUAGUAUAUUUAAAACUAUUAGUGUUGUACUUCCUGAUCUCGGAUCAAAACCAGCCGUAUCACUACAUAUCAGUUAACGACUAAAGUACCUAUGAAAGCAUAUCAAAUUGAAAUUUUAAAGUCUGCUGCACCAAAACACGAGAUUUAUCAUUUUGAAAUUGUUUAGUUCUAAUAAUGAUAAACUUAUUGUAAUUAGUCGAUCUGUACAUGACUCUUGGGUUCAUGAAUGUGCGUUAGCGAUCCCUGGUAGCAAAAUUUUACCAUUUGUACCAAGAUGGUAUAUUCCAUUUCAAAAGUGGUGACACCCCCCCUCCAGCUACUUCAUAGCUCUUGACUUGAUCAGGUUAUACAUCUAGAAACUUUGAGCAGGGAAAUCAGUAUUAUCCAAAUUACAACAUAAUAAAGCCGAUCUCACAGAAAUCGGAUUUUUCACCAUCUAAAUUGGCUGUCUAUUGUUGUAUUUGAGUGGUGCGGCAUCAUCUUAGAUAGUACGACGCACAUUUAAAGUAUCAAAAAGUAUUAGGGGUCAUCCCCUAAAAUUUUGGUGCCACCCCAAUGAGUUGGAUGACAUGGACAUUUCCAAUUAAUUUUGGUUGGAUCGCAACUCAAGUUAUGAGUACCACAAUCUUUGGGUGAGUAUAACCUAAUGUAUUGUGUUACUACCACAAUUAAUUGGGGUACUACCACAAUUUAUUGGAAAUGUCGAAGUUGGAAUUUACCUCCUACCUCUUUUUUUUCGUGUAGACUUUCAGUAUGCCAGUCGUUCAAAGAGCGAUUGGAAAAAAUGAGCUAUCUGCAUCUGUAAGGCUCACGCCAGAAUAUUAGCUGAUUUCUUUCACGCUAGGUACCCAGUCCGCUUUAUGGUCACUUUUUAGCUAAUAUCUUUUGUUGCAAAUCUGUCAGCAUGGCAGCAUGCUACUUCGAGUCCAAGAAUGAAAUGUAAAAAGGGAUCGCUAAAAUUAUUGUCAUUAAGGCGCGUUAAAUUUACAGAGUUAAGUCUUUUUAUCAUUGUAAUCGGAAGCCUAUUUCUUUAAAAUUGUGUGCCUCCAGGGCAGCUUUAUUUCAGCAUGUUUGACAGUAUGAAUUUCAUCUAUAAAACAUCAUAUCCUCUUUCAAUGUUCUUAAAUUAUUUAUUGAUUGUGCAAUGUCUUGAGUUAAUUAUAUAAUUUUAUUUUGUAAA